UGUGGCGUAGUGCAACACAAUAUAAUAAUGGGACAAGUUUGUUCCAAUUUCGGUGAUCACUUAAAACUGACUUUUUAAGUUUUAGAUUCCAUUCAACCGGGCGUGUGUUUCAAAUUUUCACGCUCUCUUUUGCUCAAUAGGCGUUUGUUAUCAUACGAAAGGUGGACUUGCUCGGUAUAAUAGAAAAAUGUUCUUCAAUAUGGACAAAUCGUGGUAGAAUUACGAUAGAAAUACCAAUUAAGAUAUAAAUAGAAUAAGUACGAUAUGUAUGGCGUGAUAUUGAAAUUUAACUUCGAUGAAAUACUUAAAGGCAGUCAAAAUCAUGGCUGUCUCGUAUGUAUUGCGAUUUUUAUAGUUGAAAUUUGGAUUUUAAAAUCAAUAUAUAGAUACCUUUGGUCGAUAUUGAGAAUUGAAUGCUGUGGGCGGAAUAAAAACAGUUCGGAUUUAUGCGAUCAAGUGACGAAAGAUCCCCGAAUAACCGACGAAGAUUUACGGGGAUUUCCGAUUCACAGCCUGGCGGUUGCAGUCAUUUGCGAGGCCAUUUCAAAAGGAGAGGAUCCGUACAAGUUUUACUGUAUGAUCGUAAAGAAUAACUUGGAAAAUGUGCUGACUGAACUGUACACUAUUGUACAUUGGAAGAAAUUGGGGUUCUCCAUGUACUGCGCUCUGUACCCGACCGUAGUGAGAGACGCACGGACGAACAUCAGUUUGCAAGACUUCAUUGACGAUGAUGGGCCGGAGUGGGCGGAGCGUAUUAUUGAGCGCAUGACGGAGCCCUCUUGGACGAUGGGAUGGGUGCAGAAAAUAAUCCGCGGUCAUGUGACAGAGGAGAAAUACAACAUGGCGAUGAACACACUGUUCGUGAAAUUGCACACGUCGGACCCGCAGUCUGUCAUUCCGACCUUUCAUCUGCUGAAUCACAUCCGAGCUCUCCCGGAAUGCAACCUAGAGCUGGCCACCCGGGACUACCUCGGAGGAAUGCAACCUAGAGCUGGCCACCCGGGACUACCUCGGAGGAAUGCAACCUAGAGCUGGCCAACCGGGACUACCUCGGAGGCCCACUGGACGCUGCGGCACUCAGCGCGCAUGCGCGGACGGCCGUAACAACGGAGACCAUGCCUAGCAACGGCGCCUCGCGCAUGAGCCUCGACAAAAUCGAAGUUUUUUACGGCAUUGACGUCGAGGAGUUUAUAAUGACGGAAGCACGUAACGUCGGCGUAUGGAACGGGCGACGUCCCGACAAUAAAAGAACUAGUGACCUCCUGGAUUGAUGCAGCGUCAUGUAAUCUCGUGAUCACAUUUGGCGGUUUCCGGCUCUCGUCGAAAAAAUGCGCUUGCAUCCAGAUGUCGCAUCCGGAAAAAGCUCGCAUACCCUAUGGACUAAGCAUCAAUUGUUCGUCUGUGACAACGAAAUGAACAAACGCAUGCGUUAGUUGUGACGAUGUUACAAAUACGUUUCGUUGAUUCGAAUGUUCUAUCU